GAGUCCAUUUGCAACAAACGGUCCCAAGUGCAUCCAGAUUCGAGAAAAUUCUACUUUAGCGCUCACUAGGACAUGGCAAUUGGCGAACUGCGUCGCAAAUCUCCGAACCACGUUAACCUAAAAGACAUAGACCAACCCUGGAAAUGGAGCCGGGUUGGUUCUCUGACGGUUUCCGUGAGGAGUCCGGAAAACACAAUGGCAAGGCGGCGGCAAUCUAAACACCAUGUAGAAUAUGGAGUUAUAAGGAAUUAUGCCGCCUGCCUGGUGCUUCUCACCUUAAUUUUCAAUCGUAGAUCCUUGCGACCGGAUGUUAUGACAAUGGUAUCCAUAAUUCGUUGUUCGUCCCACCCCACCACAAACGUCCGUGAUUGCAAUGCCCCUUUUCGCCGACAGGAUGUGAGAGCCCAGACCAAUGCUAUCUUGACAGAUCAUCCAAAGCCCUCAAGCAAUGAGAGCGAACCGUUUAAAACCCAACUUGGGACCAAUGGUCACCCCACGAAUCCGGAGUACUUCCAGUCUGAUUACUAUUACAAACGGAAGAAAUGCCGACUGUCAACCCAAGCACAUAUAACCGUUUAACAUUUUACUUGAAAGCCCAACUAUUUUGCCCGACCAUUUUAUUCUCUACGCCUGGCAUGUACAAUGGAAUCAGAGGUCUCAUCUUACGAGAACUUUCAUUAUCUUGAAAUCGACAAUUCCUCACUCGCAAGUGGUAUUACGACCCCGACGCGCACAAUGACAAUAGACGACCCCACAGAUGCCCGAAGCUCUUGCGAAGCUCAGAAGUAUAAUGUCAUUGAACCAGCGCCGUACCCCGGACAGACAUUUAUCAUACGGGAACAUAAUGGAAAUCGCUUAAUAACUCUCGUGGAAGGCGAGGUUCGAGCUCGAGAGAAUAUCGGCGAACAGGGCGGAUGGCAUUGGGUAUGUGUGGAGCAAAGAGGGUGGCUUGGGUUUAGAAAUCCCGUGUCUUCAACAUAUCUCGGCCAUGAUACUCAGGGGGCGUUCUGGGCUAAGUACAAGCAUCAUAUUAUACAUGAAUCAUUCUGUGCUCGAAGGCAUCCAAACGGCGGCUACGUACUACUUAUGCGGCACGAUGAUGAAUUACAAAAGAUGGCUAUUGGCGACGACGGAUGUACCUUGGUAGAAACCACAGGCGACGGAACACCGUGGGACUUCAUAAGGGUUUGGAAAUGAGUUUAAUAAGGCCUUUUUUCAAACCCAAAGAGACAAACGCCUACUCGGUGGGGAAAGAGGCGAAAACGAUGGGAACACGGGCAACGCACAGGAUGUCGCGCAAUUUCAAGAUGGAAGAGGGACUCUGAGAGAUACGAACCUUGUCAUUUAUUCCUAUAAUCAUAAAGUCAGCUAGAACCGCUCGUAUCACCCUCCUAUUCUAUAGUUAUGAUGAGUCAAGUGAGUGAGCCUCGAUGGAGCAUUUCCAUAGUCCAAGACACCUUCGAAUAACGGGGAACCACAUGUACAGAUUUUAUCUAGGGAGGUAAACAAAUCAGUAUUGAACGCAGUAUGAUUGAAGUAGC